UAGGGAGACAGCUGAGAAGACUUUGAGGAGCAAAGAAGGGAAGUUGGACAGGACCAGGCUAGAAAAAUCACCUGGGACCAACUUGACACAGGAAAAACAGCAACAUAACACAGCUAUCAUCACCUUCUUGAGUUGUUUAGGAUUAACUGGGAAGAACAGCACGCUGGAGGGUCAGGGAAAGGCUACAGACAGACAGGAGUAGUGGCGUAAUUCAGGGGAAAUUCCAAAGGUGAAGGACACACUCACAUUUUGCUCAUCAUGGCAGAAGAUGUAAGGAAACUCACACGUAUGCUACUGGAAUGCAGCAGCAAUGACCAACUAUGUGUUGUGCGUGAAUACCAGACUGAAGUGAUCAUCAUUCCAGUUUUCUUGGUGGGCAUGUUUGUUAUUGUGUUAAGUGUGAUCCUUUGGCUCCGUUACCAAAGCUGGAAGACCAAUCAGCAGCAGCAGCAGCAACAACUGGUACUGCCUGGACAUGAAGUCAAGAGAGAGAGUCAGCAGGAGCCAAAUGCCUCAGGGAACUCUUACAUUCAGCUGAGUGAGACAACAGUGGAGAGCCUGCUAAAAACUGCUGCCAUGACAUUGAAGGAGCUGCAGAUACCCCGAGAAAGACUCUCACCGGGCUCCUUGAUGCUGAUACACACCGGCAGCUAUGGGGGCAUCUACAGAGCAGAACUGCAGACUGAGAACCCUGGGAAGACUAAGGCAGUCAUCCUGAAAACCUUGCAGGGUAAUAGAGACACAGCUGGACCCCAUGAUGUGAAGGAUUUCCUGGGGAGGAUUAAGUUCCAUCAGUCACUAGGCCAGCAUGAGAACCUGGUGGAACUGGUGGGGUGUUGUAUAGACCAGCUGCCGCUUUACAUGGUCCUGAAGGAGUCAUCUCUUGGGGACCUCUUGAACUUCCUGUGGAUCUGUCGCAAGGAUGUAAUGACAAUGGAUGGUAUCCCAUAUGACCUCACUGAGAAACAGGUCUAUAAGGUUGGGCAGCAAGUUGCAGCAGCUUUGGAUUUUCUCCAGCAGAAGCAACUUGUCCACGGUGACAUCGCUGCCAGGAACGUCUUGCUCCAACAUGACUUCACUGCCAAACUCUGUGGGCUAGGCCUGGCCUAUGAAACCUACACCUAUGGGGCCAGGUCCAUCACACAGGUUGUGCCACUCAAGUGGCAGGCACCGGAGCGGCUCCUGAAGAGACCUCCCAGCAUCAAGGCAGAUAUAUGGUCAUUUGGAAUCUUACUGUAUGAGAUGAUUACAUUAGGGGCUCCCCCAUACCCUGAGGUGCCACCUCUUGACAUCUUGCAGCAUCUGCAGAGACAGAACAUCAUGAAGCAGCCCUCCAGCUGCCAGCCAGUUAUGUAUGGCAUUAUGCAGACCUGCUGGCAGUGGAAUGCGACUGACCGGCCCUCCCCUGCAGAGCUGCUCCAGUACCUGCAGAAAGCAACCAAGACCAGCAAUGACCAUGCUGUGCUGCAGGUCCCUGAACUGGUGGUGCCUGAACUAUAUGCCAAUGUGGCUGGCAUUGACGUGGACAGUCUUACCACUGACUACACUGUUCUGUGAGAGAGAGGUCUGUACAUAUAGGAAGGGCUGGAUCUCUGAUUGCCUCUUUCUGGAAGUGUAUGCGAUCACUCUUGCUGAAACUCAGGGUGCUGGUUGGGAAACAUUCCCCUCUUUUUAAAAUGCAGAACAUAUUUUGGGUUCUUUCUACUUGAAGCUACUUAGUAAGAACCAGGAGGGGCUUAUGGUUCACCACCUUAGACUUCAAAAACACAUCCUGUGGCACUCAAACUAUUCUGUAUAUUGUGAUCAGCUACCCUGAAGGACACAUGAGCCUGAAACGGUUGUUUUCAUGGUCUCAUGGUGAUGUUCAGUUAGGAAGCUGAACAAAAUGCUGCUGGAUAUUUGAGUGGAAGACACUUGCAACCCAGAAGCAUUCCCACAGCAUGAAGAGCAUUUAGAUGGUAGAACAAUUUCUGUCAACCUUGACCUUUUUCCAUUUGUGCAGGUGAGGAAGAAGAAGCAGCUACCUGCAACUCUGGUAGCUAUGCAGCGAGCACAUGAAGGCUGCCUACAUGUAUUUGCAGAGUAGAGAUACCAAGGAUGGAAAGGAAUUGUUCUUGUUCCAAGGAAUGCAAUUGGAAAGAAAUUGAAUGAAAGGGAAUGAAAGGAAAACUGAUGCUGACAAUCAUGAAACAUUUCCAAAAUGGAAGGGUUUUAGGACAUCCUGCCAAAGGAGUGUUGGAAGCUCCAUUGCUUGGAUAUUUAAAAGAUACCCUGGAGAAUAAAAUUCAGCAUCCAGCACUGCAGAGACCCAAGAGAUAAAAAAGUGGAUGGAUGAGAUGAUAACCAAAUAAGUAUCUUUUAUCUAUGCCUCAUUGAUUGAAGGACCAUCCCAUUCAGACCACUUGUGACACUGCUUGUUAAUUGUUCCUCAGGUGCUGUAAGCCAUAGCCAAGUGAAGGAAAAUGUGCACUUUUAUUGUGAUAAGACAAAAUAGCCAUAUGUUACGGUUUGGAAUAGAAAUUGCUGUAUUCAUUUACUACUUUUUUUCAUGCAGGCCUAUUUCUUGUUUGUGGGGUUUUGGAUUCAAAGGCCCACUCCAAGGUAAAAAAAACUACAAAAAACCUCUACCCUGCCUCAAAAUCUCAGGGAGAAUUUUGACUGAGAGCUAAUUCUCAGGGAAGGAAUGUGGUGAAGGUUUAUUUCACUUUAUUUGGACAAAACAGGUGUUUGUAUGUUUCUCCUUCCACACCCUUUUCCCCAGGAGUACUUCCAAUUUCAGUCAUGACACAACUACUGUGAAAAGGGCAUGGGGAUGAUGUAGGUAUAACGGAAGAUUGGGCUACUGUGAAAAUCACUGUGAUGGAGAAUAACUUGGUGAUGACAUCACUGUACAGAUAGAGUGGUAACAGGCCAUAGUUUGCAAACAUCACAUUGUGAAUAGUGUGGUGAGGAUAUGCCUUCUGUGUGAGUAAUACAAUUCUGUGAUUAUAUAUAUAUAAAGUGUAAUUACCAUGGCAAUGAGAUAUUACCUGUUAGAACAGCACGCAACAUGUCUAAUCUCUGAGCAAAGUGCCAAUACCUAGAUCCAGAGGGAGUGCAGUGGUGGGAUUGUACCCUGCUUUCUGAACCAUGCUGUAGGAACAACAGUUUGCAAAUCAGGAAAGAACCCAUCCCCUGCCCACUCUUGGCACGCCCUUUCUUCCCUUCCAUGUUCAAUGGCACCCUCUUCCUUCCUCCCAUUUCCUGGUCCCUCUCUCUACUUAUGCAUAUGGUGCAGGAAGGGGUCAGGGAGACCCUACCCACCACCACUGUCCUGGCCACCCCUGCCUUGCUACAACUGGGCUGCAUGGGAAGUGGCUAGGUGGGGAGCUGGGCUUGGCUAGAGACAGUAGCAGCAGGAGGUAGUUUCCCCUUCUGGAUCCACCUACGCAUCUAGGUGUUCUGUGACAACACAAAUGCUUUGGAAAUAACUGAGAUGAUGAGGUCAUGUCCAACUACCAUGUUUGAUGUCAUGAUUCAGUAUAAGAUAAGUGUGACAGAAGGCUUUGACCAGAACACUUUUAACUUACAUGAUAUCAGUUGUGCAAAUGGGCACUUAUUGUAUAUUUCAAGCCUUGCCUACACUAUAGAUUCUAGUUACUGUAGCUAAACCACUGAUUUACAUUUAUGUACUGGUAAUUUAGUCAAGAUAAGGGUUAAAUGCUCCUGUUCAACCCCCACUGCACUAGUGUCAUUUGUGUCCACACAAGGGGUUUGUCCCAGCACAGCUAUGUUAAUGGUUGAAAUCUUAAUAUAUGCCUAGUUUUCUUCAUGCCAACUGCACCUCCCAGGUGCCUGCGUAGAACAGGGUUAAAUCUUUUCAAAUAAAUAUAUUAUGGAUUUGUA